CCCGGGCCCUGCGUGCUGGGUUUGCUGAAAUCCUGAGCAGCCCCAGGGCAUCCAAAGGUCUGAGAGCAGGAGGAUAGGAGCGUCCUGAAUCUCACUUAGACAAUGUGAGGGACAGGCACUGUCUUCCCAAAGUUACUGGAGACUCAGCACCUGGGACGUGUCCAGCCUCGGCUUGGGAUGCAACAGGAAAUAGCAGCACCUUCUUCCCCCAUGGGACACACAUCCCUUGGCUCCUGUCGACCCCCUGAGCUGGGUGCUGGAGGCAAGAGGGGUCUGGAGGGACACAAGGGGAAUAGGUGCCAUGCAGGGUGGCAUUUCUCCAUCCUGCAGGAGCGAUGGCAUGGCUGUGCAGGGCAGAACCACCCCCGGUCACCAUCUCUGUGGGCUGAAACCCCGGGCGGGGGUUCUCCUGCUGGAGCCACGUAGAGGAGUCAAGGCUUGUCCCCAGAGCUGGCUUGUCCCCAGGAGCUGUGUGACACCCUGUAGCCCUCGCUGCCUGCUGGGCCCCGUGGUUCCUCCUUGCCGUGUGCGAGUGCAUGACCCGGGCUGGGAGUGCUGCGAUCAGCGAGCCAGAGCAGCAGGGCCGCGCUCGCUGCCUCCAUGUGACUGCAGCUUCCGUUGGCUCCUUCCGCAAAGGCUAAAUUGGUGCUCAGCGAGAGGGCGGGUGGCACACGGCCCCGCAGGGUGGCACACGGACCCCGUGGGUGGCACUCGGACCCCAGGGGUCACCCCUAGCCCUGUCCCCAGGACCCCCCUGAGCGCAGCUGAGGGGCCGCAGGAUGGACCGUGCCAAAGCGCGCGCGGUGCUGUUCCACGCGUGGCAGCUGUGAAAGUGCCGUGUGUCAAACACUCGCUGAGCCCUCACUGCUCAUUUGCCUGAGUUUCAGCUUUUCCCCAGAUGCAAAUGCCGUCAGCUCCGCUCCCACCAGGAGUGCCGCCACUGAGAUGGAGGCCCCGCUCCCUGGUCUCUCCCUGCUUCUUCUCCUCCUGGCAGUGGGAUGGGGAAGCAGGAUGGACGCAGCCUGGGCACCAUCUCCUGGGGGCUGUGAGCUCGUGCAGAGCAUCAUGGACUGCACUGGCAGAUGGCUGAGUUCCAUCCCAGGAAACCUUCGAGGCGAUACCGAGGAGCUGUUUCUUGAUGACAACACUAUCCAGGUCCUGGGCAAUGCCUCUCUGCUCCUGUAUCCCCAGCUCUGGCAUCUCAGCUUGACCAGGAACCGGCUGGAGCUCAUUGAGCCCGGUGCUUUCCUCAGCAGCCAAGGCCUGGAGGUGCUCUCCUUGACAGACAACCUGCUCUUCACCAACUACUCACUGACAGCCGCUGCUCUUUCUGCUCUGCCGGCCUUGAGGGUGCUGGAUCUGGCAGGAAACCAGCUCAGGGAGGACAUGGUAUCAGUUUUAGUCUCGAACCUCUCUUCCUUGGAGUCCCUGUCUGUGGCCAGGAACAUCAUCAUGAGGUUGGACUCAUCCAUCUUCACAAACCUGACAGAGCUGCUGGAGCUGAACCUGGAGAAGAACUACAUCUUUGAGAUCGACAAUGCUUUCGAAGGGCUGCAGAGGCUGCAGAGGCUCAACAUAGCUUACAACUACCUCCCGUGUCUGGUGGGGUUUGACCUGACCCAGCUCAGGGUGCUCAAUGUCAGCAACAAUGUCAUUGAGUGGUUUCUGACUCUGGAAAUUGAUGACCUCUUUGAGCUGGAGGUGCUGGACCUGUCCCACAACCGCCUCCUGUUCUUCCCUGUGCUGCCCCGGCAGAGCAAGCUGCACUCCUUGCUGCUGCAGGACAACAGGAUGAGCUUCUACCAGCGUCUCCCCAACGGCACCUCCCUGGCCAACGUCACCAUGCAGUUCCUGAUCAUUGAUGGCAACUCCACCAACAUCACGACGGUCAGGCUCUGGGACGAGCUCUGCCACAGCAACCUCUCCUCCCUGCGCCUCCUGGACAUGAGCCAGAACGAGGUCUGGGGCCUGCCAGAUGAUUUCCUAGCACAGAUGCCCUCCCUGACCCACCUGAAGCUCAACCAGAACUGCCUGGAGGCAUUUCACCUGUCGGAGGAGGACCCCUUGGCCAUGCUGACAGAGCUGGACCUCAGCCAGAACCAGCUGGUGGAGCUGGGGGUGAAGGUGGGCGCUGGGGACAUCCUGCCCAGCCUGCAGCUCUUCAACCUCAGCUCCAACAGGCUGCAGGCUCUUCCUCCCGGGAUUUUCACCCACACCAGGAAGAUCACUACUCUGGACCUCAGCCGCAACCGGGUUGACCUCUGUCCCCAGCCAGGUGAGACCGAGAGUCUCGCCUGCGUGGACAUCAGGGGUGUGGAGACCUUGACCCAUCUCUCCUUGGCUGGCUGUGGUCUGCAGGGGAUGGGUGGCCGCCCCUUCCAGGGGACAUCGCUGAUGCACCUGGACCUCUCCGACAACCGCCAGGUGCUGUCUGGAGACCUGGGGUGGCUGCAGGACAUUGUCCUGACACUGCAGGUGCUGUCCCUGAGGAACACCAGCCUCUCUUCCACCGCCGUGGACUUCUCUGCCCUGAGCAGCCUCGUGCGCUUGGACCUUUCCGGGAAUUGCUUGGCUGCGUUCCCCACCUCGCUGGGCACGCUGAGGCUGCGCAGCCUGGACCUGCGGGACAACUGCCUCCCGGCGCUGCCGCGGGACGUGGCGCAGGUGCCGCUGGGGAGGAGCCUGCGGGAGCUCUACCUCAGCCGAAACCCCUACAACUGCUGCACGCUGGGCUGGUGGGACGCCCUGCAGCAGGCCGAGGGGCUGCGCGUCCCCGACGGGCGGGAGGUGACCUGCAGCCACGGCUCCCGCGCGCUGAGCCCCGGCGCGCUGCCCGAGCCCGUCCUGCAGAGCUGCCGAUGGCAGACGGCCGACCUGGCGCUGCUCUACCUGGUGCUGGCUCUGCCCACCUGCCUGACGCUCCUGGUGGCCUUCGUUGUUGUCUUCCUCAUGCUCAAGGAGAGGCUGCUGAAAAUGGUGAAAACCCAGUGUGGGGUGUCCAGCCCUUACUAACGGCUGGGGAAGAGGAAGGGCUCGGGAAUAGUCAAUAAUAGGGGGUAGUCAAGAGUACAGGAGUACACCCUCUGAGGUGGUCAAGAUGGAAACCUGAUGGAUGCAGGACAGGAGGUGCUGGGAGAGCUGCCAUUCCUGCCCUAAUGGUACCCAAAGGGUGAGGGCUGUGUCUGGUGAUGGAGCACUGGGAAUCCUCAAGGAACACAUCUUCAUCAGAAACCUUCAGCUGGUGCUGGUGAGAGCUGAGUGGACACAACAUCAAACAUUCCUUGGCUGAAAGGACAGGUCGCCCAGAAAAACUGGAUGCCCCAUCUGUGGAAGUGUUCAAGGCCAGGCUGGAGUGGGCUUGGAGCAAUCUGGUCGAGAGGAAGGUGUUGUAACCAGAUGGGUUUCUAAGGUCCCUUCCAACCCAGAUCAUUCUGGGAUCCUGUGACAGUUUUCUCUAGCUCUGCUUUCCCCUCACACCUUCCAGCAGUUCCUUUUAUUUAUUCCCACCUGUAGCCAACUCAAAAUGUGCUCCAGAUCUGCAACCAGCCUCCACAAAGUGCUGGAGCUAACAUCACCUGGGCGCUGUGGAGAAGGGUCUCUGUGGUCACAGCUUUCCACACUGCUCUUGCUGGCACUGCCAAACUCGCAGGCAGCCCUGAUCAUGCACCGUGUGUGCGUGCUGAUAAAGACAGGCGUUGUCAGCAGGGCCGAAAGACACAUUUUGGGAUGUUGUUUCUUCACUAAGUCACAGGCUGGGCUAGAAAAGUCCAUUAGAAACAGCCCAAGUUGCAACGACAGGAAAUGUUGAUUGAAAAGCAGGAGAGUAAAUUAUAUCCCUCGGUGGUAUUUUAUCAUGGAUUUAUGUUUCUCCAGUGACUGCUGGAUUAAACAUACAAAGGAAACAAGAGAAAUCCUUCCUCCGUGUUGUGCAAGCCCUGCUCCUGCGGGCAGUGCCCGGGGGUUUCCUCCACCCAGCUCUGCCCACAGCAGCUCUGCCUCUCCCAGAGCAGCAAGCACUACCUGGGGAAGUGCUGCUCUGUUCCUCGGGGGUCACUGAGGGGAAAGGAGAAGUGGUGGUGGUUUGUGCUAACUCAAAAGCCCUUCUGAGAACUGGAGUGCCUUUAUUCCUGUGGCAUUGUUGGGAUUUUUCUAGUGAAACGCGUUUAAUGGGAAUGGGGCACAGAGAAGUGUGCAGCAGUGUUGGAGUGGGAAUUCCGGGGGCUUGUCCUGCCUGGGUGUGGGCAGGCUGAGUCGGUGAUGUGGGGUGUGCUGGGGAUCAAGCCCAGUGGAGUUGUCCUGCGAGGUGGUGGUGGGAGAUGCCCAAGGCUGCCCUGAAGCUGGGAGGAUGCCAGGAUGGUGCAGGUGGGGGAGCCAAGGCUGGCAGCAGGGCAAACCCGUCCCAGGCACGGGCGUGGGACUGGGGUCAUGGGGAGCCUGGUGUGGCUGGUGGCUGUGCAAGGCUGGAAAAUGGAUGGGUCACACCAUGCUAGACCAUCCAGCAGCUCCACUGGGGCUGAGUGCAGUACAGGCUCUGGAAAACCACCUGUCCGAUCUGGCUCGGAAAUGACCGCUUUCUGCCCCAGUUUUAGACCGAAAUAGCCAACACCAAAGCAGGCCCCAGCUGGGGAAUCCCUCAGCCUAUUUCAACCCUUCUUUUGCCGUAAGCUGCACCCUGGGGGACAGCAGUGACCUAUAAAUACAUCCCUGCACCAUCCCCCAGCUGCAUUCCGGCGUCUCCCCGCCAGCAGGGUGAGCGGGUGCCCCUGCGAGCUCCUCUUUCCCUGGGGCUGGGCUUGGAGGGGAUGUGUGUCCUUCCCCACCUCCACAGCCACUGCUGCUGCUCCAUCCAGCGUGGGGUGCAGGGUGCAGCUGUGGGAGAACACACAGGGAGCAACCCAGGCACCUAGCACUGCCCAGGACAUGGGUAAAAGGAGGGAUUCUUAAUUGUAUGGAGCUGAUGGGGAUAUUCAACAUUCCCUCUUCAGAGUGACUGGAAAGCUGUGGCUCACCUGGAGCUGUGAAUGGGAUAUUGGGGCAGCAAGAGGAGAUUCCACUUUCUGAGGUGUCCUUACAAAGCUGCUCUCAGCAUCUUUGCAAGGCCACGGUGAUCAGGGAAGGUCCUUGGUGACUGGAGAACCCAAGGGUCUCCCCCAGCUUCAGUAACGGCCAAAAGGCCAUCCCAGAGAGCACCAGGGCAGUCACCUUCGCCUUGGGAAAACCAUGGAAUGAAUGUUCUUUGUUUGGAGCACAGCUCUAGAAAAAGAGGGUGGCUGGAAGAAGUCAGAAUGGACUGCUGAGGCUAAGUUAUGCCUGCCCAACCUGCUUUCCUCUCAUGAAAUGGAUGGACCUGUAGGCAAGGGGAGAGUGUGCUCAGCAAGGCUUUGGACACAGAGUCCCACAACGUUCUCCAUGCAAGUGCAGAUGUCACGGUCUGGAUGGGUGGGCAGCCAGGCAGGUCAGGAUCAGUGGGAGUGAAGUGCAGAGGGCUGUGCUCUACCAGGAGGCUGCUGAGGGGACUUUUUGGGAUCUGUCCCAUUUCAUGUCUUUAUGCAUGAUCUAAAGCUGGCUGUGAAGUGCCUUCCUGUCAAGUUCCCAGAGGAUCCCAAACUGGGAAGACCAGAAUGGCUCCCUGCUGAAGGUCUGGGGUGGGCUGGAGGAACGGGCCAGCAGGGAGCUCACAAUCCAGGCACUCGUUUGGCCUCAUGUAGCCCUCACUGGAGAGAGGCCAUGGCUGGGGCUGGGCACAGGCCAUGUCCUGGUCAGGAUGAAGCUGGUGGCAGGCUGGAAGUGAAGGAGAGGUUCCCAGGGGAACCCUCCCAAGUGGGAGAUCUUUCUGUGUUAUGUUGCAAUUGUUGAGGCAAGGCCUAUGCCAGACCCCUGCACGCCCUUUCCUGUCCUAGCAGAGCUGAGUCAGCCUUUACAUUUUCUUGAAUUUUGGCAAGUGAGGCCUCAUCUUUCAUUUCUCUCCUGACUGAAGACCCCUUUGGCCAAGUGUGAGCUCCCUCAUCCUCUCUGGUGACAGAAAAGCACUCUGGUUUAACUGACACUUGCUCCGUGUUUUUCGCAGCAGCGACUCAUUUUGGGGUGUAGGAGGAGAGCUCUUCCAGCUGCUCCUCCAGCCACUCCUCUUAGUUAUUAUGUCAGGCAGCAGUUUGCUGAAGCCCCUCAAUUUGGGAUGAAGGCCCAUCUCACCCACAGCCCUCACAGCUGGCUGAGUUCAGAAGGCCAAAACCCAGGAAACUUUUGGAGCUGUAAAAUUUCCCAAAGAAUCCUAAUCUCAGUCCUCCAGUUCUUACGAGAGCAGGACUCAUCUAGUAGAGACCAGCCAAGGUAGACAGCUGGAUUAAAACCUUCAGUGGGACGAGUUUGUCUUACUCUAGAACCACCCCCAGCCUCUGACCUUCUACCACUCUGUUUUUUCAGACACUUUAAGCACAUUCUCCCAGGGUUGAGCACUUAUGAGGAAGCAUCACCCACAUCAAGGAGUGUAAGGAUCCAACUAUCCCAUUGCAGCAGUUUGAAAU